AUGCUCACCUUCUACCAGCUGUCCCACUUUAUGCAGUGCAGUGAAGAGAAUGAGGACUUCACUGGCAUCCGCUGUGAGGUGUUUGAGGCAUCUCCUCCUAUGACUAUGGCCCUGUCUGUGCUAGUGACCAUUGAGAUGUGCAAUGCUCUCAACAGCCUGUCUGAAAACCAAUCCCUUGUGAGGAUGCCCCCUUGGAGUAAUUGCUGGCUUGUGGGCGCCAUGACUCUCUCCAUGUCCCUCCACUUCAUGAUCAUCUACGUCGAUCCUCUGCCGCUGAUCUUUAAACUCACCCAUUUGAAUGUAGAGCAAUGGAUGAUGGUGCUGAAGCUGUCCUUCCCAGUUAUUCUUAUAGAUGAACUUCUCAAGUUUGUGGCUCGCACUUAUCUUGAAGGAAAAGUGUAA